AUGGCUCGUUCUCGUGGUGGUGCCCGUCCUACUGCCGCCCCUGUCAGGCGUCCGGCCCCGGCUCCUCAACAAACCCGCCAGGCAUCUACUGCCUCGGUCCCCGCAAAGGUUCCCCAGGCCGCGCCACCUGCUGUCCAGCAGGCUCAGGCUCCGGCCCAGCAGAGCCCCGGAUUGUUCGGCCAGAUGGCUUCCACCGCUGCCGGUGUCGCUGUCGGAUCCACUGUCGGCCACAUGCUCGGUGCUGGUAUCAGCGGAAUGUUCGGCGGCUCAUCGCCCGCUGAGGCCCCCGCUGCCGCGGCCGAGCCCGUUCAGGCCCAGUCUGCAUCAAACAGCUCGUGGGGCGCGCCGUCGUGCGAGGCCGAUGCGAGGAGCUUCACAAAGUGUCUUGACGAGAACCAGGGAAACAUGCAGAUCUGCAGCUGGUAUCUGGAUCAAUUGAAAGCUUGCCAGAGCAUGGCUAGGAACUACAAUCAGUAG